CAAACCUCAACUGAGCCAUUGUGGUCCUUGUGGUCAUUCUACGUCAAUUUGGUAUAACAUCUCUAACCUCAACGUGCGUUCUGACAGGUGCAGGCCGCAAUUAAGAAAAAAGUGGAGAAACAGAAGAAACAAGUUGAAAUGGGCGUGGUGGAGGCAUUCAGCAGUAAUACAAGACCUAAAGUCAGACUGAAAAGGAGUAAGCCCAUUCAGUCGAAAAGAGCAGAUGCUGGUGAGGAAGAAGAUGAAGAGAAACAUGACGAGACCGGGGAAGCCAAGGAAAUAGAAGAAACAGAUCUUGUUCCUAUUGUUGCAUCUGUUUUCGGCCAAGACCGAGAACUGCGUCCAGAAGAAAUAGAAGAACUAAGAGAAGCCUUCAAAGAGUUUGAUAGGAACAAAGGUUACAUUAACUGCAGAGACCUGGGCGAAUGUAUGCGAACUAUGGGAUACAUGCCGACAGAGAUGGAACUCAUUGAAUUGAGUCAACAAAUUGGUGGAGGUAAAAUUGACUUUGAAGACUUUGUGGAGCUCAUGGGCCCAAAAAUGCUAGCAGAGACAGCAGACAUGAUCGGAGUCAAAGAGCUAAGAGAUGCUUUCAAAGAGUUUGACUCCAACGGUGACGGGCAAAUCAGCGUCACAGAACUGAGAGAAGCAAUGAAAAAACUGAUGGGACAACAGUUGAAUGCCAGAGACAUUGACGACAUUCUUCAGGAUGCAGACCUCAAUGGUGACGGACAGGUUGAUUUUGAAGAGUUUGUGAGGAUGAUGUCACGCUGAUUGGAGCCACAAAGAUAUUUCCCACAUAUAGCACUCCAUCUUGAGGACAGUGCAACAAUUGUAGCAAGGGCUCUUGAGAUUA